AAAAGUAAAGAAAUGGAAGAGUGAGUAAUGGCAUUAGUUGGUUAGGUGGUGGCCCGUAGAAAGGAAGAGGCGAGAAAGGAAAGAGAGAGAAGUGUGAAGGAAGGAAAAGCAACACAAAGGAUUGAAUUGUGGUUCACCGUUCCUCUCUCUCUCUCUCUCUCUCUCUCUCUCUCUCUCUCUCUCCGUUGCAGCACAACACCUGAUUCCAUCUCUCUCUCUCCAUUUCAAUCUCUCAGGGAAGAAUCAAGGUUCUGUGAUUAAUUAUCUCGCCGUGAGUUUGAUUGUGAAAUGGAUUCUCCAAUGUGGUUGAAGAAUUCUAUAUGAGUUCUAAUCAACCACUGCUUUCCGAGCCAGAUCUUGUUCCUCCAGUGAUUCAUCACCGCCGGAGAUCAGGAUCCCGCACUACCUUCUUUGACGAAGCCGCAUUAACUCCUCCAACCGCGGACCACCACCAGGAAGUCGUGUUUGCAACGGAUUGCAGCUUCCACUCCGCUUUCUGCAACAGCACCGCCACAAACAACAGCAGCAGCGUUUCCAUUUCAGAACCCCCUUUAACAGAGUUUCAAAACCCUGAUUCACGAUUUCCUUUGGAAUGCCCCACGCGGGAAAGGGGACGCCUGCGAUCCUGGGGUGCAAUGGAACUGCACGAUGCUAGUACUGUGCCCUUUGAAAUUUCACUACAAUCAUCAGCCCCAGCAGCAACUACAACUCGCAGGAUUCGUCAUAAAAGUGUGCAGUUUGAUGAGCAGAUCUUACAUGAGGAUAAUGCCAGGUUGAUUUAUAUAAAUGAUCCUAAGAAAACCAAUGAUAAGUAUGAGUUUACUGGGAAUGAGAUUCGAACUAGUAGAUACACUUUUAUCACAUUCUUGCCGAAGAAUUUAUUUAUUCAGUUCCAUAGGGUUGCUUAUCUGUAUUUCCUUGCUAUUGCUGCACUCAAUCAGCUUCCUCCCUUAGCUGUAUUUGGGAGGACGGUGUCCCUUUUCCCGCUUUUGUUUGUUCUUUGUGUUACUGCUAUCAAGGAUGGGUAUGAGGAUUGGAGGAGACAUAGGUCGGAUAACAAUGAGAAUAAUCGUGAGUCUCUGGUUCUUCAGUCUGGUGAUUUCCGGUCCAUGAUAUGGAAAAGGAUUCAGGCUGGUGAGGUUGUUAAGAUCUUUGCUGAUGAGACCAUUCCUGCUGAUAUGGUCUUGUUAGGGACAAGUGACCCGAGUGGGCUUGCCUAUAUUCAGACGAUGAAUUUGGAUGGAGAAUCAAAUUUGAAGACAAGGUAUGCCAAGCAAGAAACCGCUUCUAUGGUAUCUUCAGAGGUUUGUGACGUUUCUGGGAUUAUUAGAUGCGAGCAGCCAAACCGGAAUAUUUAUGAGUUCACAGCUAAUAUGGAGUUCAAUGGAAUUAAGUUUUCCCUUAGCCAGUCAAACAUUGUCCUGCGAGGUUGCCAACUGAAGAACACAGAUUGGAUAAUUGGUGUUGUGGUUUAUGCUGGACAGGAAACAAAAGCCAUGCUGAACAGUGCGGCUUCUCCUUCCAAGAGAAGCAGACUGGAAGGUUAUAUGAAUAGAGAAACCCUUUGGUUGUCGAUUUUUCUUUUCAUCAUGUGUAUGGUUGUGGCCAUUGGGAUGUGUCUUUGGCUGGUACGUCACAAGAACCAGCUUGAUACCUUGCCUUACUACCGAAAAACAUACCUCAACAAUGGUCCAGAUAAAGGAAAGAAAUAUAAGUAUUAUGGGAUACCAAUGGAAACAUUUUUCUCCUUUUUGAGUUCUGUUAUAGUGUUUCAGAUAAUGAUACCCAUAUCUCUUUACAUCACAAUGGAGUUGGUUAGGUUGGGCCAGUCAUACUUCAUGAUUGAAGACAUGGAUAUGUAUGACCCUAGCUCUGGAUCAAGGUUUCAGUGUAGAUCAUUAAAUAUAAAUGAAGAUUUGGGUCAAAUACGCUAUGUAUUUUCAGACAAGACAGGAACACUAACAGAAAACAAGAUGGAAUUCCGGAGGGCUAGUGUACACGGGAAGAAUUAUGGGAGCUCCUUGGUUACUACUGAUAAUAGUUCAGCAGCAACAGCUGUUAUUCCGAAACGGAGAUGGAAACUCAAAUCUGAAAUUGCAGUUGAUCCCAAACUAAUGAGCAUGCUGCAUAGAAACUCAAAUAGAGAUGAAAGAAUAACUGCUCAUGAGUUUUUUCUUACAUUGGCUGCUUGUAAUACUGUGAUUCCUAUACUUACUAAUGGUGGAUUUUCUGGUUGUGGAACAAGUGAAUCAAAUGGAUAUGUAGAAUGCAUUGAUUACCAGGGUGAGUCCCCUGAUGAACAAGCUCUAGUUUCUGCGGCCUCUGCAUAUGGAUACACUCUUUUUGAGCGGACAUCUGGACAUAUUGUUAUUGACAUCAACGGUGAGAAACUCAGGUUGGACGUGUUGGGCCUGCAUGAAUUUGAUAGUGUGCGAAAGAGAAUGUCUGUUGUUAUUCGGUUUCCUGACAAUGUGGUAAAGGUGCUAGUCAAAGGUGCUGAUACAUCAAUGUUUAGCAUUUUGGCAAAUGGCAGUGAGAGCAACUGUAGCUUAUUGCAUGCAACUCAGAGCCAUUUGGGUGAAUACUCAUCACAAGGUUUGCGAACCCUUGUGGUUGCCUCUAGAAGUCUUUCUGAUGCUGAACUUGAGGAGUGGCAAAGCAGGUAUGGAGAGGCUAGCACCGCGUUAACUGACAGAGCUACUAAACUACGUCAAACUGCAGCUCUUAUAGAAUGCAAUUUAAAUCUACUUGGAGCAACUGGAAUUGAGGACAAGCUGCAAGAGGGUGUACCAGAAGCCAUUGAGUCCCUACGACAAGCUGGAAUCAAGGUGUGGGUUCUUACCGGUGAUAAACAAGAGACAGCAAUUUCAAUUGGUCUUUCCUGCAAACUUCUCAGUGCAGAUAUGCAGCAAAUUGUUAUAAAUGGUACUUCAGAGGAGGAAUGCAGAAAUCUUUUGGGUGAUGCAAUAGCCAAAUAUGCUGUGAGAUGUUCAAGUAGAGGGCAUCGGAAUCUGAAGCAUAAAACCAAUGCUGAACAUGGCGCUCUUGAUAUUCCUAAUUGUUCAAAGUCAAUGAGUUUGCCCAAAUGGAAUCCAGGGAAGGAAGAAGGAACUGAUACUCCAUUGGCACUCAUAAUUGAUGGGAAUAGUUUGGUUUAUAUUUUGGAGAAGGAACUGGAGUCAGAGCUUUUUGACCUUGCAAUUUCCUGUAAGGUUGUACUUUGUUGCCGUGUUGCACCCUUGCAGAAGGCUGGAAUUGUUGAUCUGAUAAAGAGCCGCACAGAUGAUAUGACGCUGGCCAUAGGUGAUGGGGCAAAUGAUGUGUCAAUGAUCCAAAUGGCAGAUGUUGGUGUUGGAAUAUGUGGGCAGGAAGGACGUCAAGCGGUGAUGGCGUCAGAUUUCGCGAUGGGACAAUUUCAGUUCUUGAAAAGAUUACUUCUUGUUCAUGGACACUGGAAUUACCAGCGUGUUGGUUAUUUAGUUCUGUACAACUUCUACCGCAAUGCUGUCUUUGUGUUAAUGUUAUUUUGGUAUAUAUUAUGCACGGCUUUUUCUACAACUUCUGCAUUAACAGAUUGGAGUAGUGUAUUCUAUUCCGUGCUAUACACAUCUGUGCCCACAAUUUUUGUUGGUAUUUUGGACAAAGACUUGAGUCAUAGGACACUUUUGCAGUAUCCGAAACUGUAUAGUACUGGUUACAGGCAAGAAGCUUACAAUAUGCAAUUAUUUUGGAUCACAAUGCUUGACACAGUAUGGCAGAGCCUUGUUCUCUUUUACACACCGUUGUUUACCUAUAAGGAUAGUUCGAUCGAUAUAUGGAGCAUGGGGAGCUUGUGGACAAUUGCAGUUGUUAUCCUUGUAAAUGUGCACCUGGCUAUGGACAUCAACCGGUGGUUAUUAAUUUCUCAUAUUGCUGUCUGGGGAUCCGUAGUAAUUACAUAUGGUUGCAUGGUGAUAUUGGAUUCCAUACCGGUCUUUCCUAAUUACUGGACUAUUUAUCAUCUGGCAACGUCCCCUACAUAUUGGAUAACAAUUUUGCUUAUAAUAAUUGUGGCGUUGCUACCUCGCUUUAUUUGCAAAGUUUUUUGUCAAAUCUUCUGGCCUUCAGAUAUCCAGAUAGCAAGAGAAGCCGAGUUAAUGAAAAAACGACACAAUCGUUUGCAGUCAAGGCAUCAAGGUUCCAGUUAACCAGUUAUUCUCAUGGCACUUAUAGAAACUAAAGAAAUCUCAAUAUAAAUGGCUAUUUGUCCAUCACAAUGCAUUCUUGUGGCAGAUGGUUUAUAAGUUAUCAGAGAAUGGAGAGAGUAUAUUAUCAUGAAGGAGAUGUGAGGCCUAGUGCACAAGGCUUUCAUCAGGUGGGGCCUGGAGAGAGUAGAUGUAUGCAUCCUUAACUCCACAAACAGAGAAAUUGUUUCUAGGGUUUGAACAUGUGAUCUCCAUGUCACAAUCAAUUUACCAUUGCUUCAAGAGUCGCCCUCAAAUACUGGGGCUUAAAAAUGAGUUGCAGAAGCAGAUUGCAUUGAUGUAAAGACAAAUACAACCGGAUCUCUUGGGGAAGCACUGAUGGCGUAGCUAGUAAUUAGCCUGUUGGCUUUUGCCUCCGGACAGGAAAGUAAAUAGGAUAUGGAGGUCGGAAUAGGCUCACACUAAGGCAUCUCCAGCUAUUUGAUGUGGGGGGAUUUUUUUCAGCGGGAUAAUGCAGACACGAUAAUGAUCCUGGGGUCUAUGAAGUGUAACUAAUUGUACAAUAGUUCUGUAAAAAAUCAGGUUUAAAAAGGUCCUUUAACAAGAUAAUUUCUCAAGAAAGCAUAAAAUGAAAAGAAAGGAAAAAGUUAAUUUUCAUUAAA